AUUGUGAAGAAAGCCUGCCGGAAGUGUACUAGUCAAUGCUGCCUGAUUUGAAUAGCCAGGCGAGCCAAGAUGGCAGAAUAUCUGGCGUCCAUUUUUGGGACAGAGAAAGAUAAAGUCAAUUGUUCGUUUUACUUUAAAAUUGGUGCCUGCCGACAUGGCGACCGCUGUUCCAGAUUACACAACAAGCCAACAUUUAGCCAGACAAUUGCCCUGCUGAAUAUUUACAGGAACCCCCAAAACAGCGCUCAGUCUUUGGAUGGAUUAACCUGCACCGUCAGCGACAUGGAGAUGCAGGAGCACUAUGAUGAGUUCUUUGAGGAAGUCUUCACAGAGAUGGAAGAAAAAUACGGAGAAGUGGAGGAAAUGAACGUUUGUGACAACCUUGGGGACCAUCUUGUGGGAAAUGUUUAUGUGAAGUUCCGCAAUGAGGAGGAUGCUGAGAAGGCUGUGAUCGACUUGAACAAUCGAUGGUUCAAUGGGCAGCCGAUCCACGCGGAGCUCUCUCCCGUCACAGACUUCAGAGAGGCCUGCUGUCGCCAGUAUGAGAUGGGAGAAUGCACUCGUGGAGGUUUCUGUAACUUCAUGCAUCUGAAACCAAUCUCACGUGAACUCAGGAGAGAGCUCUAUGGACGCCGCAGGAAGGGCCGCCACCGGUCUCGGUCCCGAUCCAGAGACCGGGACAGAGGCCGCGGAGGAGGAGGAGGCCGUAACCAUGAGCGGCGUCGGUCCAGAGACAGAGAGCGUUCAGGGCGAUUCUGAGCCACAAGCAUCGACCACUCAACUCUCCAUCCCUGAAUCCAUCACUGUGUUGUUUUUUUUUUUGUUUUGUUUUGGGUUUUUUUUUGUUUGUACCCUGCCUCAUUUGGAUUUAUUACAAGGCAGCAGGUUUUCAAGAUUUGUGAAAAUAAGUUUCACCUCAUUAAAUUUAAAGUUUCUACU